AUGAACGAAGAAUACAAUUUUGACAGUGAGACAGUACCUAUGAUGAUACAAUCAUAUAUGGACUGGGAAGAAACUACAGCAGUAAAUGCAGCACAAAAAGAAGCUAAGAGGAAGACCAAACUUCACUCCAAGGAGUCCUCCCUUGAUGUAGUGAAGAAGGAAAGGGGAUCAUACAUUACCAAGAACGAAGCAAAGGUAGUCAAUUUGAUCAAUUUGAUCAAUUUGUUGCAAGAGUUUGAGAAUAUGUCUAUCAGUGAAGCAGGUAGAAAGGUAGGGCUCUCCAAGUCAACAGCUAUUCGUAAAGUCAAGCAAUGGAAUCAAAUGACAAGCGAAAUAGCUGAAAAAGGGUUCCCUGAUUCUAUCGCAAUCAAAGAAGGAAAGGGACAACCACAAUACUUAAAGACGAACAUACUGUAUUUAUCUUUGAGCUGCUGGCUAAUGAGCCAACAUUGA